AUGUCGAAACCUGUAAUGCGUGUGUUACCGGCUUACCGACCGAGCGCGACAGACGCCAUGUUUGUUUGAAAUUUCUGAAAGAAGCGUCUGUUUUGCGGCUUUUGGACAAUUAUUUUCAUUUUUUGCACUGAAUUCUUCCGAAAAGCGAAUCAAAUUAAGUACCCCGUCAAUCAGCAAAAAUGAGCAAAAGCAAGAGGACUAGUCCGUCCCCUGACGACGAUACAGCCCCCGAGGAGUACGUCGUGGAAAAAAUCAUCGACAGUCGAAUAAAUACGUCGGGAGUGAAAGAAUACUACUUAAAAUGGAUUGGUUAUGAUGACAAGGACAACACAUGGGAGCCUGAGGAGAAUCUGGAUUGUCCCGGCUUGAUUGCAGCUUUUGAGGCCGAGAGGGCGAACAAAGAGAAGGAGAGGAGCAAGAAACGCAAAACAAACAGCACACCUACGCCAGAUUUAAAAGCGGCGAAGAGGAAGACUGAAGAAAAGAAAGUUCAUGGGUUUGAGAGAGGUUUAGAGCCGGAAAAAAUAAUUGGAGCUACGGAUAGUUCAGGCCAGUUGAUGUUUUUGAUGAAGUGGGAGGGGACGGAUGAGGCGGAUUUAGUGCCGGCGAAACAAGCGAAUAUAAAGUGCCCCCAAGUUGUUAUUAGGUUCUAUGAGGAGCGCUUGACAUGGCAUUCGCCCACUAAUGACGAAAAUAAAGCCGAGUAAAGGCUUAGUUUGUAAGGAUAUUCAUAAUGUACAUAUUCAACUCGAACUAUUCAGUAUAGAGUCAAAAGUCCUUCAGUUAUUAAGAAUUUAGAAUCUUCCCCGUAUUUUUGUUUCUGACUUACUCUUAGUCUAAGCUUAGUUCUUUGAGUUAAUUAUAGUUAAUAUGUUUUAUUAAUAAUAAUCAGUAGAAAAUUGUAAUAUUUUUUUUAAUUGGAAUAAAACAUAAAACACCA